AAGUCCAUGGCCGCCAAACAACAUUGUCAACAAAAACAAACAACAACAUAGUAUAAAACAAUUAAUAUUACUAAUACUGCUUCUUCAUUUUCAUUUUCAUAAGCUGAAGAAAGAAGGGAAAAAAAAAACACAAUCUCUCUACCUCGAUUUUCGUGCUUUGUUACUACUUUUCAUAAAACCCCAUUUCUUCUCUCUCUCUCUCUCUAUUAUUCCAACUUCUCUUUGCAAAGCUCGAAGCUUUUUACCAUUUGAGAUCUGGGUUUUCUUCAACAACCAUUAUUAACAAGGUUUUGCUUUCUGGGUCGUUGAGAUCUUUCUAAACAACAAUGGGAAGUAAAUGGAAGAAAGCAAAGGUUGCUCUUGGUCUUAAUCUUUGCAUGUUUGUUCCUAGAACGUUAGAUGAUGAUUUUCCACCUUCUACUGUGGUUUCUGAGAGAUUGUCUGAUGCUGCUCUUCUCUCACCUGUCAACUGGGACAAGGGUUCUUCUCAACCAACCACUCCAGUGUCUUCUUUUCAUGGUUUCAAACUUUCCAAAAGUAGCAGCAAAUCUUCUAAGCAAACUUGCGCAAUAUGCUUAACCAAAAUGAAGCAAGGAUCCGGCCAAGCUAUAUUCACUGCAGAAUGUUCACAUUCCUUCCAUUUCCAUUGCAUUGCUUCAAAUGUGAAACAUGGGAACCAAGUAUGUCCAGUGUGCCGAGCAAAGUGGAAGGAAAUACCUUUGUCGGGUUCCAGCUUAGCUCCUAUCCAAGGUAGAGUAACACCAAGUCCAAUAAAUUGGCCACAAAAUGAUGCUUUGAUGGCUGUGGUCCAUCGCCUACCUCUCCCUCAUCCUCGCCGAGAUUUGAACAGGCGGCAUAUUGUGCCACUUUAUCAAGCUUCUGAGCCAGGCAUAUUUAAUGAUGAUGAAUCCUUAAAUCACCAACAUGCGAUUUCUGAGAGAAGUACUUGCACUAAGAGUACCGAAGAUACCGAUGCUGUUCAAGCAAUGGAGAUUAAAACGUACCCUGAAGUGUCUUCUGCUCCAAGGUCCAAUACUUACUCUAACUUCACAGUUUUGGUUCAUCUCAAAGCUACCGCUGCAGCUGCUUCUGCUGCCAAAAAACAAAACCUUACCAGAAAUCAGGCUAGCUUUACACAGAUUUCAUCAACUCCACGUGCCCCGGUUGACUUGGUCACUGUGCUUGAUGUCAGUGGUAGCAUGGCGGGAACUAAGCUCGCACUACUAAAAAGGGCGAUGGGAUUUGUUAUCCAGAACCUAGGCACUAAUGACCGGCUUUCUGUUAUUGCUUUCUCUUCCACAGCUCGCCGUCUCUUUCCACUGUGUAAGAUGACUGAUUCUGGGCGGCAGCAGGCAUUGCAAGCUGUUAAUUCUUUGGUUGCAAAUGGUGGUACCAAUAUUGCCGAAGGGCUGAGAAAAGGUGCUAAGAUAAUGGAAGACCGAAAAGAAAAGAAUCCAGUUGCGAGUAUUAUUUUACUGUCAGAUGGACAGGAUAAUUACACUGUUGGGGGCCCUGGAAAUGACCAACCUCAACCAAAUUAUCAUUUGCUUUUGCCUACUUCCAUCAGUGGUCGUGAUAAUUCAGGAUUUCAAAUUCCUGUGCAUGCUUUUGGAUUUGGUGCAGACCAUGAUGCUUCGUCAAUGCACUCAAUUUCAGAGAUCUCCGGCGGCACGUUUUCGUUCAUCGAAACUGAAGCUGUGUUGCAGGAUGCAUUUGCACAAUGCAUUGGAGGACUACUAAGUGUUGUUAUUCAAGAAUUGCAAGUGGCAAUCGAGUGUAUACAACCUGAUCUCGGUCUUGUUUCACUUAAAGCAGGAAGUUACCCGAGUCGUUUGAUGGCUGAUAGACGCAAAGGAGUGAUCGACGUUGGGGACUUGUAUGCUGAUGAAGAGAGGGAUUUUCUAGUUUCGGUUAAUGUUCCAGCUACGUCCAGCAAUGAAACAUCAUUGAUAAAGGUCAAAUGUGUUUACAAAGAUCCCUUGACUCAAGAGACAUCAACAUUGGAAAGUGAUGAAGUAAAGGUUGAGAGGCCCGAAAUAGCAAGGCAGGUUGUAAUGUCUCUUGAAGUGGACAGACAACGCAACAGGCUCCAAGCUGCCGAGGCAAUGGCACAUGCACGGACCGCAGCUGAAAAGGGAGACCUCGCUGGAGCAGUAUUCAUUCUCGAAAACUGUCGGAAGAUGCUUUCGGAGACCGUAUCAGCUAAAUCUCACGACCGCCUUUGUGUUGCAUUGGAUGCUGAACUCAAGGAAAUGCAAGAGCGGAUGGCGAGUAGGCAUGUGUAUGAAGCAUCUGGGAGAGCAUAUAUACUCUCCGGUUUGAGUUCACACUCGUGGCAAAGAGCAACUGCAAGAGGCGAUUCCACCGAUAGUUCAAGUCUUGUUCAAGCGUAUCAGACACCAUCGAUGGUUGAGAUGCUUACUCGAUCUCAGGCCAUGUUACUAGGUAGUCCAUCAGGUCAGAGGCUUCUUCAGCCACUUUUGUCAUACAGAUCACAACCAAGCCCAAGGUAAUCCAACAGGGAUUUGGUGAAAAUCAUCUUCAAAUUAACCUUUGCAGUGAUUUUCUCUUUUUUGCUUAUAAAUACCCGGAGAAAGGCGGUAAACGGACGGGGGAUAAACAAAGAUUACUUUGAGCUGUGAUUUUGUUUAAUAUUAUGUAUAAAUGAAUAAAAGGUGAGGAAAUGGUGGAGGGAGUUACAAUCAAUGGAGAAAAGGGGAGUAGAUAGGAAUUUACUACAUUAUGUUUCUUCUAUUUUGGGGGGUUUAAGGUUUUUCUUUUGUCUUCACAUCUCUUUCCUCUGAUUAUGUUGUUUUUUUGGGAGGUGGUGUACAUAAAGAAGAAUGCUUCUUUUUUUGUUAUUAAUUCUGGGACACCUGGGGUAUAAAGUUUGUAAUUGUGCAAAUGGUUUGGAUGAUCUCUUCAGUAUAAUAUAUGUUUUCAAUUCUUUAACAAGUUGUUUGUUA